AUGAGGAUUGGAUUUGGUAUUACGUGUGCUGUAAUAUGCGGCUUCACAGCAUGGCAAGUGGAGAUUCGCAGGUUGUCGUCAAAGUUGAAUACAACAGUGGCUUUGGUUCCGCAAUUUGUGUUACUAGGAGUGACAGAGGGACUUGUUGAUGGGGGAUUAAAGAGAUUAUUCGAUGACCAUGUAGCGAAAUCGUUGUCGAAUUUUGAGGAUUCGUUUAGUGAGUUGGUGGUUGGUGGUGGAAAACUUCUGAUUAUACCAAUUGUGUUGAUUUUCAGCGGGUGGAUCAAAGAAACAAUCGACACUAGCCAUUUGGACAGGUACUAUCUGAUGCUGGCGAUAAUGAACGCUAUGUUGCUUCUAGCUUUUGCAUACUACUCCGUGAGGUAUGCAUACAAGGAAGUGUGUCCCGAAGAUGAGAAGAUUCCGAUAGAGGAAGGAGUGGAUCAUGCUCAUCAACCAGACUCAGAAGACACCUAUCAGAAAAAUACUCCCCCAUUUCCAUAA